CACUGGGCAGAACUGUAAACCGGCAUUGGAAAAUAGGUCCUGGAGCUCAGCCCUGACUCUCAUGGAGGCAUUGGGGGAGUAGGUAGGGUGAACGGAUUCCAGGGUCAUCCAUAUGUUGGGAACUUCCAGGUUGGGCUACUGUGUACCUGCUGCUCCAGGGUGUUGACUGGGCCCAGAAGGCACCAUCUCCAUUGGGUCCUCCUUCAAGUCCGGGCCCAGUUUCAGAGGCUGGUUCUUGCCCUGAGAGCCCUACGAGUUUGGGGCUUGGGCAGUACUCUGAAGGACGGCCUUCCUCCUCCUCCUCAGCUGAGCAAGGUGGUUCCUGCUGGGCCAGUGGAACUGGUCUCUGGGCCAGGCCGGGACAGCUCCCUCCCCUCUGCUCUGCCCGCAGCUAUGGUAACACCGAGACUGGCUCUCAAGCAGCAGCGCCUGGCCCAGCAGGGAGACCAGCUCAGAGGCAACAGGCUUGCGGCUCAGUGGUGUGAAGCUCACUCGCUGCUCCUCUCCUUCCAAACGCCGCCAAGUGCCUUGGCUGGACGAGCUGCCCGGCCAGGCAGAGAGCCAUGAGCCGUGGAGCCGUGGCCGUGGUGGCCGCCCCUGCCAAGAACGUGGUGGUCUAUCGCAACGGGGACCCCUUCUUCCACGGCCGGAAGUUGGUGGUGAACCAGCGCCGUUUCCUCACCUUCGAGGCCUUUCUGAACGAGGUGACCAGCACCGUCCAGGCCCCCAUGGCUGUCCGGAGUAUCUACACCCCCCGGCAGGGUCAUCGGGUCACUGGCCUCAGUGAGCUAGAGAAUGGCUGCCAGUAUGUGGCCGCAGGAUUUGAGCGCUUCAAGAGGAUCGACUAUCAAAACUCUGGGAUGAAGCAGCUCUACGGGAACCGGAAGAAAUACGUUGUGCAGAACUACCCCGUUAUUUCCCAGAGGGCGAAUGUCUUGGCACGAUGGAGGAGACAGGAUAAUUCGCCCUUCGUCAUACAUGUUUUCCGCAAUGGGGACUUGCUCAGCCCCCCGUUCCGCCUGGCCCUCGCCAAGAACACCCUGCAGGAAUGGAGCGCCCUCCUAGGCUUGCUGUCGGAAAAGGCCAACCUGCGCAGCGGAGCUGUUAAGAAGCUCUGCAGACUGAAUGGUGACACUGUCUCCAGCGCGGAGGAUCUGGUGAGCGGCGACUACUAUGUGGCUGUGGGGCUGGAGAGCUACAAAAGCCUGCCCUACAUUGAACUGCUGGUGCCCCCAAAGACAGCCCGCCAGCCAUUUCGGAACCUCUCGAACAGACGUAGGAGUCACAACCGAAGGCUGGGCAAGUGCCCCCCGGCCUCCCAAGAUGGCGCCAGUGACUCAGCACUCCUUGAACCACCACAACUGGACCGUCGGCGAGUGCAGUCCACAGGAACUGUGGAGGAAGAACACAGACCAGCGGCUUCUCUGGAGGUGCUCAAACAGGCAGCAAAACAUCCACGCAGAGAGGCAGGAGAGUCCAUCUUCCAUGCCAAACCAGUCCGGGUCAGGCAAAUCAGCCGGAACUCACGCCAGAGUUCUGACCAAGAAGGAAGUGUAUACAAAAUGAAAGGGGCCAGGAGAGAGAUGCAAGGUGCCCAGGAAGUAGGAGAAGACGAGGAGACCCAGGUGGAAUUGCCUGUUGACCAGAAAGCUGCGGAGACUGUGGAAGAGGAAGUUCUGCCCAGAACCAAGGUCUUGCCUCCCAGAAAGGUCGAGAACAUUGACAAGCUCCAGAGAGCCCUCCCGGUCCAGCAUUCUGCUGGUGACUUGGGGGCUGAAAUGGCAAGAAAGCCCCACUUCCAGCUGGCCCAGAGAUAAUCUGACAAAUCUGAUGAAACAGAGACCCUGCAAGGCUCCUCCUGUGAUCUUAAAGCACCCACAUUUUGGAUUUGUGUAAACUUUGUCCAGAUCUCUUAUGGAUGUUCUUAAAUAAAAUUGUAAACUCA